CUCGAGGCCCCGUCAGGGCAUGGGGUCGGCCCAACCCCGGGGGGGCAGCGGCGGCGGGAGCGGCGGCGGCGGGAGCGGCGGCGGCGAGAUGGCCGACCCAUCCGGCGUUCGAUUCCAUCCUGUCCGCCGCUCGGGACGACGAUGCGGACACCAUACAGGCGCUGGUCAGGAUGGGAUGCCCACCGAGCUUCGGCAACAGGAUGGGCCAGACGGCGUUGCACAUAGGGGCCAUUUGGGGCAGCACGAACGCCGUGAAAGCGCUGAUCGAGGCGAAGGCGAACCCCAACGCUCAGAACCAGCUGAGGGGCUCGGGGCCGCUGCACGCCGCGGCCAUGGGCCGGGGCCCCGUGGACAAGCGCGCAGCCUGCGUGCGGCUCCUCAUCGCGGCGAGGGCCGACCCGCAGAUGCGAGACGCAUCCGGCGAGACGCCCAUGGACGCCGCGGGCGACGAGCCGCUGCGCGACGCCCUCGGAGCCCCACCGCUGCUGCUGCACAAGGCCGCGGCGGCGAAGUCGGCGAAGGCGCUGGAGCAGGCCCUGAAGCAGGUGCAGCAGGGCGUCGUCCCCAUCACGCUGGAGUCCUGCAGCCCCACGGGCGACACGGCCCUGCACGUCGCCGUGCAGCACCGCUGGCACGAGGGCGUGGGCCUGCUGCUGAGCGCGGGGUCGCUGCCGUCGGCCCAGAACAACAACAACCAGGCGCCGUUGCAUGUGGCCGUGCUCAAGGGAGACCACGAGCUUGUCAAAGUCCUGUUAGACGCGCGGGCCGAUCCCAACACCCAGGACAUGGACGCAGAGAGGGACCCGCGGUUCAGCUCGAAGGACUUCAAGGAGGACUCGCUGGACCACCGCGCGCCGCUGCACUACGCCGCCGAGCGGGGCAACGUCCUGAUCGCUCGCUCGCUGCUGCAGGCGCGCGCGAACCCCAAUGUGCAGGACACCCAGCGCUGCACGGCGCUGCACGUGUGCUUGCCGCUGAGGAGCCCAGACGCCCAGGUGGAGACCGGCUACGGCGUGCGUGUGUCAGGCCUUCAGUCGAAGGCCGAGCUGAAUGGCCGGCUGGCCUCGAUCAUCGGCGACACCAAUGGAGAGAGAUGGCCGGUUCUUCUGGAGGGCGGCCCCGAGCCGCUGCUGCUGAAGACCGCGAACCUGCAGCCGCUGGCGCUGGAGAUGUCGCAGCUGCUGCUAGACUCCAAGUCAGAUGUGAAUCUGGGCAACCGGAACUUCGGCGAGUCCCGCGGCGUGCUCCACGAGGUGGCCCUGCAGGGCGACGAGGCCCUCGUGGCCGCGGUGCUGGCCGCCCGGGCCGAGGUCAACAAGCAGGACACCAAGGGGGGCCUGUCCGCGCUGCACCUGGCGGCGAGGGGGAAGCACGGCCGCGUGAUCCGGCUGCUCCUGGAGGCUGGCGCCGAUACCGCGCUGACCACCACCGCGGGGAAGACGGCGGCCGAGCUGGCCGAGAAGAACGGUGCCGCCGCGGACGUGCUGGCGCUGCUGCGCGGCGGCGCCUCCUCGGGGGCCGCGGAGCAGAGCGACGACAGGCCCCAGACGCUGGAUAGCCUGACCCCCGAGCAGAGGGCGAUGCUGUUCAUCGACUAAGGCGUGUCCAGCCGUCGGAGGCUGGGGGGUGCCGCUCACUUUGGCGGCGGAGUGAAGCGCUCGCGCGCGCACGCGCGCCUGGCUUGCGCGCGCGCGCCUCUGGGGACUUGCACCCGGGGCCCCGAAUGGUACGACAUCCUCCUCCACCUCCUCCUCCUGCUCCUCCUCCUCCUCCUCGCUCUCCUCCUCCUCCUCCUCCUCCUCCUCCUCCU